UGCUAUUUAAUUUUCAGCUUACACUGUAAGUGUCUUUUGUACCAGACACGUCUUUUUGCUAUAAUAUUAUUAUGGAAACGGUCUUGGUCACAGGACAAGGUCGUUGAAACGAAAAUCUCCAGCUAGAAAAACAUUGUCCAUAUGUAGGCUACUGGCAUAGUGGUAUACUCCGGCUUCAGUGAGCAGUUGUCAUGGCCGCUGCUUGAGCCGAUUAGCCUCUUUAAUAAGUGGAAGUCUAAAUAAGAUUUAUAAAAGCAGUAAACAUGGCGGCGAAGAAUAGUGCGGAAGAAACAGUCAAAAACUGUCAGGGGUCCGAUGACAAUGACAACAUGUCAACGACUGAAUACUGCCAGCGGCUGCAGCAGUGGAUGUGGCGCUAUUACAGCGGCUAUGUGAGCUGGCAGAGCUGGGUGUUCCUGUCCGCGCCGCUCUUUCCUCCGCCUGCGUGUGUCGCGACGCCCGCUGACAUCGCCGCUUGGUGUAACCAGAUGAGCAGCCCACCAUCCAGCCGCCCAGCAGCCCCUGCCACAUCCAGCAGCGCUGAGAGAGCACCAGCACAGCCGGCAGGUAGAGAGUACACCAUCCCCUCCCCGCUCCGUAGAUUUCUGGCAGAAACUGUGGAUUUCUUCAUUCUCUUCUGUGUUAAGGCAACCAUAGUGUUGUGGAUUAUGCAUCUCAAUGGAAUGAGAGAUAUUUCCAAAUUCAUGAUGCAGUUUAUCAUGGAGGAGAUUGAUGAGAACACAUCACUGGAGGACCUGCAGAAGAUGAUGGUCGUGGCUUUAGCAUACAGAGUCCUAGUGUGUGUCUAUGAAAUCAUCUGUAUUUGGGGAGCUGGAGGUGCCACUCCGGGAAAGUUCCUACUGGGGCUUCGAGUCGUCACAUGUGACACGACAGUCCUAGUGCAGCCCAAUCGGGUUUUGGUGGUACCGGCAUCCAGUGUCAGCUUAUCUGCCUCCACAGUACGGGCUUUAAACAAAAACUUCUCCAUCGCCUUCCUGUUUCCAAUCUUUAUCACGUUACUAUUUUUCCAGCACAACAGAACUGUUUAUGACGUUGUGGCUGGAACCAUCGUGGUUCGGAGGAGAAGAGCCAGAUGACCAGUCUGUGUGUGUCAAAAUCAUUUGAAAACAACCCCUGUCAAGCAUCAAGUGCUUACAAACUUAUUUCCUGCAGAUUUGCACUAAUGAUCCAUGUACAAAGUCUGAUCACAUAGCUAUUGUUUACAGCACUGAGAAAUAUCUGCUUUCAUAGAAAAGUUACUGAUCCCUCAACAGACAGUAUUUCAUGUUGAAUAAUGAGUGAUAUCAAGCUCAAGACACGUGUUUUAUGUAGACAUGCUUGGAAAUUUUAUCCGAGUGGAAUGUUUCACUCUAAACACCAGCUCAAUCCAUAAGGUUUUCAUAACUUCUCCUCAGAGUCAAGCUUUACGGCCCAGACGAGUCUGUUAUUAAUCUUACUAAAGGCAGGGAAGUGAGCUCGGCAUUCAUCGCGUAUCCUUCCACACGUGCACACAGACGUCCGGAAUGUUCCAUUCCUGUUGUCAAUUCAGUCAGUGGCUGAUAUGCCUCACUACAUUUCUCAGGGUUUCUUAAAAACCUGGCAUAUGUUUCAGUUCUGAUCUUUGAUAUGUAAAGUGUUAAGUAUUAUAUUUUGAAAUUCACAGUAUUCAGCGUGCCAAACGCAUCAGCUGUUCUGAUUUAUAAUUUUGCAUGGUUCAUGAAAAUAUAUUCAAAUUCUUUAAGACAAGGUUUGAUACUCAACAGCAGUGUAUUUACCACAUCCUUACCUAUUUUACGCACAAAUAAUGUUAAAUCCAACUGGCAUGUGUCUAAAUGAAAUCAACCUCUCUGGGAUACAUGAUCUUUCUCAUGAUUACUAGUAUAUUUUGAAUUAGUUUUUAUUUUUUUUACAUUUCCUAGUUUUGUUUUAAUUUUAGUUAAAGUUUCAGUAAUUUUGCUUAUUUUUUUCUUUAUUUUUAAAAUGUCUGUAGUUUUUAAUUUUUAUUUCAACUUUAGUUAUUUUAAUGCAUCAAGUUAAACAAAAUGAAAAUGGAAAAACCUUGCCUUGACAACUAGCAGGAAUAAAGUUUAUUAUUAUUAUUUCAAGUUUUUAGGUAAAAUAGAAUGAUAAAAAAAAAAAAUCUUGAUAACCACUAGAUGGUGAUAUUUGUUCGUAAACGCAAGCUUGAACCCUUAUUUGACAAUCACAGUGGUGAGUUCUUCGAAAUGCAAAGCAAAUGUCCUUUGGCAUGGGCUCAGUUACACAGUCACAUUCCAUAGAUAAUGACAGUCCGCACAUUCUCACAAGCAGAAAAUGUUUCCAAACUGAUCACAUGCCAAUCAGGAAACAAAACUGCAAAAUUGCACUGUUCUGGUAAGAAUGACUCACCAUUGAUUUAGAACUUUGAAAUAAAUAUUACAUCCAUAACCAUAAG